UAUGACCAUCAAAAAAUGAAUUUAGUCCUUUUAAACAUGUUGCUCAGUGAAUGCAGUUUGUGAAACCUGGGAAUAAAUAGGACUGGUGGACACUGGAUAUUGCUUGAUAGUGUUUGAUCUAAAGUCUCUAACGUUACUUCCUUUGACCGGUCUGAAUCUUGCUGCCAGCAUGAGUCGUCAGUGUAAGAGCUGUGGUGGAGCAGACAUCGACACAGACCCAGCCCGGGGGAGUGCCGUCUGCACAGCCUGUGGGUCGGUUCUGGAGGAUAAUAUCAUCGUAUCUGAGGUUCAGUUUGUGGAAAACAGUGGAGGGGUGUCUUCAGCUGUCGGCCAGUUCGUGUCCGCUGAUGGUACUUCCAAAGCUCCGGUCUUGGGUAGUGGGUUCCACACAAGUCUGGGAAAAGAAUCGCGAGCUCAGACACUCCAGAACGGGAAACGACAGAUACACAACCUCGGCAGCCAGCUGCAGCUGAACCAGCACUGCCUGGACACAGCCUUUAAUUUCUUCAAGAUGGUGGUGAGCAAACACUUGACACGAGGGCGAAAGAUGACACAUGUCAUAGCCGCCUGCCUCUACCUGGUCUGCAGGACGGAGGGAACGCCACACAUGCUUCUGGACCUCAGUGAUCUUUUACAGGUUAAUGUUUACAUUCUGGGAAAGACCUUCCUACUGUUGGCUAGAGAGCUCUGCAUCAACGCUCCAGCCGUCGAUCCAUGUCUGUACAUUCCACGAUUCGCCCACAUGUUGGAGUUCGGUGAAAAGACUCACGAGGUUUCGAUGACUGCUCUCAGACUGCUGCAGAGGAUGAAAAGAGACUGGAUGCACACGGGACGGCGACCAUCAGGCUUGUGUGGUGCAGCUCUGCUCGUAGCAGCUCGUAUGCAUGAAUUCCGUCGUACGGUUAAGGAGGUGAUAUCUGUCGUCAAGGUGUGUGAGGCCACGCUGAGAAAAAGGCUGACAGAGUUUGAGGAGACCCCCACCAGUGCCCUGACCAUCGAUGAGUUCAUGCGAGUGGACCUUGAGAAAGAAUGUGAUCCUCCGUCUUUUGUUGCAGGACAGAAAAAACUCAAGAUGCAGCAGCUGGAGCAGGAGCUGGCCAAGAAACUUGAGGAAUACCAAGGUGAGAUCAACUCAUACCGCGAUGAGAUUGAGACACAGCUGGCAGCGAGCAGCAGAACCAAACUGAGAGGGAUUUAUGCCUCCUACGCAAAAGAAGAUGAUGACUGUGUUUCUUUGGCCUCUGGGAUGACUGGAGAUGAAGAACUAGAGGAUGAGGAAAUGGAGGCAGCAGCUCAACAUCUCAACCAGGAGUUCAUCUGUCAGGUGUUUCAACAGGGGGACCGAGGAGGAAUGGAGGAUCAGGAGGGGAGCAGGGAUACAGUACCGCUCUCCAGUCAGGCCACACAUGUGCCACUGACAGCCCUCCUCGGGCCUCUGCCCAGUGCGGCCAGCCUUGGUCUAACAGACUCCAUUCGGGAAUGCAUCACAGAAGAAGACACAACAAACAUGGAAGAUAAAUCAAAAAAUGGGGAACUAGAUCUGGAUGGGAUUGAUGAAGAAGAGAUGGAAAAGUACAUUUUGAACGAGAUAGAGGUGAAGGCCAAGACAGAGCUGUGGAUGAAACAGAAUGAGGAGUAUUUGAGGGAACAGAAAGAAAAAGAGGAGAGAAUAGCUAAAGAGAAGGAGCAAGGGACCUAUAAGGAGAAGCCAAAGAAGCCAUCCAAGAAGCGAGAACCGAUCCUGGCCAGCACUGCGGGAGAGGCCAUAGAGAAGAUGUUGGAGCAGAAAAAGAUCUCCAGUAAGAUCAAUUAUGAUGUUUUGCGGGACCUCAACAGCAAGGGCAGUGGGAGCAACACCACCCAGCAAGCUGAGGAUGUGCCUGCCGGUGGCUCUGGCCGCAAAAAGUUGACCCGCCGCAAGAAGCAGCCAAACAAGAGCAAUCUUGGCCUCGCUAAACCCGCAAGACUCAUGGGCAAGAGACUCCGCCCCUUAAUAUCGUCCACUCCCAAGAAGAAGAGGACAGCAGCCAAACCGGUCACUCCCAACAUCACCAUGAUGUUGCCCCCUGCAGCCCCAGAGCCCCCUCCAGCUCCAACCCCUCCCCCCGUGAUGGAAAUUGGGCCUGUGGCAUAUGAUGAACCCGCUGAGGAGGAAGAGGAGAAUGAGGAAGAGGCGGAGGUGUCUUGCAUUAGUGCCAUGGAACUGAUAGGUGGAAAUGAAACAAUAGAAUUCAUGACAACCUUUCGCUUUACAGACUACGGAUGUGAAGCUGAAGAAGAGGAGGUAUUUUAGACUGCCGUCUGUUCCCCGAAAUUCUUCUCAUCCUCCUAUCAACUAUCCACCACUCUGUAUAGUGAGGAGAGGAGAAAUUAAGGCACAUUUGAGACACCUAUAAUAUGCUGCAUGUUUAUGAAAGGUCAUUCUCCAUCACAGUGCUUUAUAUGACUGGUUAAACUGCAGCAUCUGUGUGAUGAAUGAGCUACAAUGGGAGAAGGUGGCUGGCAGCUUUAGACUGAAGAACAUAAAACCAGUUUAGCACUUUGUCGGUGUUCCACUAAAAGUUCAAGAGACAGGAAGCUCUAUAGUAGUUUCCUGAGUGUCUCAGAGAAUUUGAUUUACGGGUGCAGGAUUUGAACCUGUUUGUAAUUCCUUAAAGGUGAGGAUAUUGAUGUCUUCUUAGCUUGCUAAUAAUAUUGAAUGCAUUGUGGGAAAAUGUAAUAGCGAUCUGUUGUACGUUUACACUUGUACAGAAUUGUACAUAUACAGUAGGAAGCUGUGAAAUUGUCACUUUCAGUGUUUUAACUUUUUAUUUGCAGCUAUUUUGUCUGUAUAUAUGUACAUGUAACAGUAUUUUGUUAGAUGCACUGUUAUAUUUCCUUAUUCCAUGAAAAAGUAAAUGUUCCUCUGUGUUGGAUUAUGAUAAAUAUUAAUGUAUUUUACAGCAAUGUUAUGACCCUCAUUUUAACUGUUUUCAUCAGAUCAUCAGAUGUGGAUUUCAGAGUACACAGUAAAAACUAGUGAGCAGAAUAUGUUAAUGUGUAUGUGAAUAAAUUCACGCAUGUUUAGGAUGAUUUAAUGAUGAUUUUAUGGUGCUUUUGCAUUCAUUUUGUAGUUUAAAAGCCCCAUCCCCUAUUCAUUGUAGCUUUUGUGUUCCACUGAAGAAAGAAGGAAAGUCAUACAGAUUUGGAACAUGACAGUGAGUAAAUGACAACAGAAUUGUACAUUUUUGGUAGCACAACAAGCAUUGUGAAUACAUUUCUUCAUGUUUUCCCUACAUUCCCUUUCUCGUUUCUUUUUAUAUUUUUCAUGUCAAGCAAGUACUGUACAGUAGUUCCUUUUCAGCUGAAAUUCUUAAAUGUUAUUUGCCAGCCAAACCCCUUUGACCUGAAAUAUUUACUUGAAGUA